GAUAGAAUUCCACACACCAGGUUUCACGGUUCCAGUGAACUAACAAAACGCGAUACUUGUUAACUGCAAGAAAUAAUGUACGGUCGAAUUUUCGCGGCUGUCGUGCUGCUGCUGACGAUAGCAGUGGCCAACGGUUUUCCAACAUUAUUACGUAAUGCCGAGAUCGAUUGUUCGUUGGAGGAGAAUUGGGGCAUUUUCGUAUCCCAUCCGGAUUCAUGUUCGAUGUACAAAACUUGCUUCAACGGAGGUUUAGUCAAUGGAAGCUGUCCGGACGGACUGUACUUUGAUGAGGAAACGCAGGGCUGCGAUCUGCCGGAGCGUGUGAACUGUUCCGCCGAUGACGAAGAAGAAGUGGCUCCAGGAGAGGGGAUAACAGAUGGUGAUGAAGAUGAAGAAACUCCUGGUGAUGGGGAAGUAGAAGAAACUCCAGAAGAGGAAGACACUCCCGAUGAUGAUGGUGAUGAUGAUGGUGACGAUGCAGAAGGAGAAGAAGAAGUGGAAGAAACUCCUGAGGAGGAAGAAAAUCCAGAUGAAGAAGAGACUCCUGAUGAUGACGACGAUGUAGGAGAAGAAACUCCAGAAGAGGAGGAGACUCCAGACGAAGAAGAGACUCCAGAAGAGGAAGAGACGCCUGAUGACGAUGAUGAUGAUGAUGAUGCAGAAGAAGGAACACCUGAAGAUGAGAAAGUAGAAGAAACUCCAGAGGAGGAAGAGACUCCUGAUGAUGAUGACGAGAAUGAAAAUGAAGAAACUCCUGAGGAUGAGGAUGUAGACGAAACUCCAGACGAAGAAGAGACUCCAGAAGAAGAAGAAACUCCUGAUGAUGAGGAAACACCAGAGGAUGAGGAGGUAGAAGAAACUCCAGAAGAAGAAGAGAUUCCUGAUGAUGAUGAUGACGAUGCAGAAGAAACACCGGACGAAGAAGAAGUAGAAGAGACUCCAGAAGAGGAAGAAACUCCAGACGAAGAAGGGACUCCAGAUGAUGAAGAGAUUCCAGAUGAUGGAGAAACUCCAGUAGAGGAAGAAAAUCCAGAAGAAGAGGAAACUCCGGAAGAGGGUACAGAAGAGCAGAAUCCAGAUGAAGACGAAGAAAAUGAAAAUACUCCUGCAGAAGAGGAUGAAGAUGAGGCCCCCGGAGCGGAAGUUGAUUCAGAAAAUGAUGGUGAAGAUGCCCCAGAAGUAGACUUGGUGCAACCGGAAGAACAGGAAGAAAUUCCUGGAGUGGAAGGUGAAAACUGUAAGCAUAGGGUGGCGGAUAACGGAGAUGAAGAUGAAGAUAGUGAAUCCUCGCCCGAAGAUGCAGAAAAUGAGGAGUCUUCAGAGGAUGAGCUACCAGAAGAAGAUAAUUUAAAUGAAGAUGGAGAUGAUGAUACUGUACCUGAGGAUGAGGAGAACACCUCAGUACAGGAGGAUGAGCCAGCUUCAGAAGAUGCUGAAGAAGUGAAGCCUGUCGAGGAAGGUAGAAAAAUCAAAGCCGAUGAUGAUGAUGAUGACGAUGAAAACGAUGACGACGAUGACGGGGAAGAGGAAAAUCCCGAAGAUGAAGAAGAAACUGACGAAGCGCCAGAAGAUGAGGAUGCUGAUGAAGAUCAAGAGCCGGAAGAGGAAACCCCUGAUAAUGACGACGAUGAAUCCGAACCCGAAGAUGGAGAUGAGUCACCAGAGGGAGAAGAUGAAGUACCCGAAAUUGAAGUGCCUGACAAUACUGUUCCAAUAAUUCCACCAGAGGAAGUUCCAGAAGAUGAAACUCCUGAGGAAGCGCCCUAAAAAGAUGUUCAAGCUCAGUUCGAAGUAAGGAAUUAACGUUUAAUUGCCAAUAUUUGGCAUCAAAAGUAGAAAUUAACUAAAUUAACUUCUUCAAUAUUAUAAAAAUUAAUAAACAUAUAUUUUACUCGUAAGCAAAUAUAAAACAAACAUU